UGCAUGCCCUGCGGCCCCGGCAACAGAGGCAACUGCUUCGGCCCCGGCAUCUGCUGCGGCACCGAGCUGGGCUGUUACCUGGAAACCUGCGCGAUGGACGCCGGCUGCUUGGACGAGGGCAGCGACGGGGCUCAGGAGGUGGCGGAGAAGAACCUCACAGUGCUGGAUGGCUCGGCCGGAGAUCUGCUCCUCAAGCUCAUGCACUUGGGACCAGGACUCAGCGGCUGCUCGACCCCGGGCGGGUGA